ACAGUGGGGGUGAAGUUACUCGGUGCUCGGCCUCUCUGCAGCUCACACCCCUGCACUUUCCCCACACGACACCGCGGCGGGAACCGUCACUGUCAGACUGACAACUUUCUCACCAUCCGCUGUCUCUGUUGCGAUGGCCGCCGCCUCUACAGAGAGGGACCAGCCCCUCCUGCAGCUCCAGGAGGUGGACUCCAGUCGCAUCCUCUCCCCGAUCUUCGGCACCUCCUCUCCCGGCCUGUCGAGCCAGCCCAUCUGCAUCCCCUACCCUUACACCGACCUCGGGCACGACUUCACUACCAUACCUUUCUACAGUCCAACCACCUUCAGUUAUGCCAGUCCCAGCAUUUCAGACUGUCCCUCUGUCCAUGAGUCACGAAGCCCCUCCUUAUUCUGGUCCAGCCGUGACCACAUGGGGCCACCCAUACCCCUGCAGAGCUCCCAGGUCCAACCCCAGCACGGCCAGCCAAUCGAGAGCGUGUGGGUGGAGCAGACGCCACGGGACAGAGUGUUAACAACCAGUGUGAGGAGGCGUUCCCAGGAGAGCGAGGACGGUGUGGUGUCGUUGAGCGGGAAGUCGGACCUCCACUACUGUGCUGUGUGCCAUGACUAUGCCUCGGGCUACCACUAUGGAGUCUGGUCGUGUGAGGGCUGUAAGGCCUUCUUCAAGAGAAGCAUCCAAGGACACAACGACUACAUCUGCCCGGCAACCAAUCAAUGCACUAUAGACAAGAACCGCCGGAAGAGCUGCCAGGCGUGUCGCCUUCGCAAGUGUUACGAAGUUGGCAUGACUAAGUGUGGAAUGCGAAAGGAGCAGGGAGGCUACAGGAACCCCAAGCCGAGGCGACUGACCCGUUGGUCCUCACAGAGCAGAACUAACGGACCAAAGGCUGUAACUGGACCAGCGGAGGGUUCGUUGGGCAAUCCGCAGUGGCCCACACUGACCUCCCGGCAGCUGAUUGAGCGAAUAAUGGAGGCAGAGCCGCUGGAGAUCUACCUCAUGAUGGACAUGAGCAGACCGCUGACCGAGGCCAACGUCAUGAUGUCGCUCACCAACCUGGCUGAUAAGGAGCUGGUUCACAUGAUCAGCUGGGCCAAGAAGAUUCCAGGGUUUGUGGAGCUCAGUCUCAUGGACCAGGUGCACCUGUUGGAGUGCUGCUGGCUGGAGGUGCUGAUGAUGGGACUGAUGUGGAGGUCAGUGGACCAUCCAGGGAAACUCAUCUUCUCCCCCGACUUCAGCCUGAGCAGAGAAGAAGCGAGCCGUGUCCAGGGCUUCACGGAGAUCUUUGAUAUGCUCAUAGCUGCCACGUCCAGAGUGAGAGAGCUCAAGCUGCAGAGGGAGGAGUACAUCUGCCUCAAGGCCAUGAUCCUCCUGAACUCCAACAUGUGCCUCAGCUCCUCCGAGGGCAGCAAGGAGCUGCAGAGUCGCUCCAAGUUGCUUUGUCUUCUGGACGCUGUAACGGACGCUCUGGUGUUGGCCAUCGCCAAAACCGGCCUCACCUUCCGCCAACAGUACACCCGCCUCGCACACCUGCUCAUGCUGCUCUCACACAUCCGCCACAUCAGUAACAAAGGCAUGGACCACCUCCACUGGAUGAAAAUGAAGAGCAUGGUGCCUUUGUACGACUUGUUGCUGGAGAUGUUGGACGCCCACAUCAUGCACAGCUCCCGUCUGCCUCACCAGGCUCCCCAGCAGGAGUCCGCAGACCAGAAGGUUUCUGCUUGGAGCUUCAGCUCUGGAAACAGCCCCUCAAACACCUGGACUCCCGGCAGCAGAGGAGGUGGAGGUGAACGCGAACGCCAUUAGCCCGGUCAGAAUUCACAUGCAAUGAAUUUUCACUGCUUUGCACAAAACACUGCUUUGACACACUGUGCACUGUUUCUAAUGAGCUCCUCUGAUCUUCAGUUGAAGCUUUAGUAGACAGACAGGAUUCGUUGCCUUACUACCACAUACUGAAAAGCCAGACUGGAACAAGAAGAUGAACCAAUUGUCAUAAUACGACCAGUAGCACCACGACUUGCUUAAAAGUACAAGUCACAUGUUGCUGCCACGAUUCUCUUGGUCUUAGUAAUGAGUUUUAUACCAGAUAAUGAGCCACUUCUUGUGCUGAGCCAAGCUGGUAAGUUUCAGGACAGCAGAGCUUUGAGACGUUAUUACCGUUAUUACCAGAGAUAAUAAAGCUAGAGCUACACAAUAACAUCAGAUCCAGACAGGAAUUAUUGUUUAUUUUUACGGUUAAAUGCGUAAAGUUGUUAUAAACCUCCGAUCGACCCCCAGGAGUCUGUUCCAGAAAGCAGGUUAAGUGAAAAUGAAUAACUCGGUUACAGAAACCGAGGUCACUUUAAUUCUAACUUAUUGUGACAUUUAACGCUCCAAACUUAACGUGUGCGUUGGCAGGUGGAACAGGUUUUCUCUCUGUCUCCACCUUCACUAACGUAACCUCAGCGGAGAGAUCUUUUCCCUUGACUGUCAGAUAUUAUUCAAGUUGGAUUAGUCAGAACUCCCCAACUCCUAGAGAAACACUUUGAUGCGUAGAAGUGCUGGAGUUCCCCUUGAAGGGUUAACUGAACAUACUCGGAGUGAAUGAACUCAGACUUUUCCGUUUCAGAACAGGAGAACAGUUUCCAGCUCGGGGUUAGUCAGCACACAGUUCAAGGUUAGGUUUUGGGUGAUGUAUAUACAGAGAGAUAACGGGUGUAUUGCUCAACGGGUUCUGUUGAGGUAACUAGUUCUUUAAUAUUCAGGCCCUGGCCACUUAAUUAGGUAAACCUUUACAAUGCAGUGCAUCCAACCUGCCACAAAUUCUUCCUGUGUUAUGUUUUAGUGAGGCCAUAGUAAGAUCGGAAAACAAAGCUAGUCUGGCUACUGUAGCUAACAAACUGACAUUAGCUCACAGAAUAUUGAAUCAGUUUUUCACUCAGAAACCUGCGAUACAGAAACUGUAUAGAAGGCCUGUUUGUUUUUCCAGCUGUUUUGUCACAACACACUUUUAGUUGACCACUAGAGGGCACUCCACUGCACCACACCUGUUCACACCACAUGAUUUCACUGUCACUGUUGAGUCCCGGCUUUAUUGUCAGGCGUCUUAUUUGUUUUCUGUGAAGAAUUAUAACCACUGUUGAUCUUAAUCGAUAAUGAAAACAAUCAUUAGUUGCAGGUGACAUAAGCAUGAAUUCAGAAUAACUGUGUAAAUGUAAACUCGGUGUUACUUGACUCAAGGUCCACUUACUAGCUUUUUCAUCAGUGAUUUGAGUGAUCAUUUUCAAACUUCAACCCCUCAAAAGUGACCUUACCUCCAAGUGCAUGUUUCUGUUUUAGCACAUUAGUUAGUUACAUACUGAGCGUGGCGUUUAAGUGUUUUCCACACUAAAGGUACGACUACAGGCCUAAAAAUAAAAAAAAUAAAAAAAUAAAAAGGCGAGGCAGGAAAACAUACAUUCCUACGACGUUUGUGCCUCAGUGUCUUCUGUCAAGGAGACCAGGGUUACGACUAAUCAAAAGGGGUGAAGAACGGUAACCUUUUUAUUUUGGGUACAAUAUUUUCAGGCUUGUACACAAAAAAUUGUGUCUGUUAACAGGUUAAAUCCUAAAUCUGAUUUUGAAAUUGAGCAUUGGAUUAAGUCUUUAAAAGGUCAUUUCACCUUAAAACUGAGCUACGAUCUUUCUUUUGUCACAAAAGGUUCUUUUUUAGUUUUAAUUCUUGUUUUUUGUUGGACUUAUAAAAGUAUAUUAUACGUUCUGUCAAAGCUCUUCAAAGUUUAUAUUUGGAUGUUCAUUUGUUUGUCAUUAGGAUUUUAGGCAAAAUGAGAAAAAAAAUGCUUUGAGAAAAUGGAUUUAAAACAAUCAGUGUUUACUACCAGAAAAUCAGGAGCAUAAAUCCACCUUUUGCUGUUAUAAAUAUGCAUUAUAUUAUUACAAUCUG